AUGUUUGAGAUGGGACAAAGACAGAGUGAUGCUGCCUUCAGGGGUCCUCAGGCGGGUUUGGAGAUGAUCCUUCUCUUCCUCUGGAACUCAGGCCUGGUUUGGACCUGGUUUGGAUCUGGUGUCGAAGCUCUGAUCCUCAGGAGACCAGUGUGGUACAUCUCCACUCCCCACACCUGGAGCCAGGCCCGGGACACCUGCAGGAGUGUCUACAACGGGGACCUUCUCACAGUCUCAUCAUGGUCCGAGCUGCUGCCAUUGGACCUGAGCAGGUAUUACUCGUGGCUCGGAGUUAUAUACCACGGCGACCACUGUCACUGGGAAUACGAAGGCAAUGACCACACAGAUGCCCAAUGGGUGCCCGUUGAACUCGCCCCUGACCAACCACAGAGCAAUGGAAGCAGCAAAUGUGUCCUCGCCCAAUACCAGACCGACAAAACGUUCCGGGCGCAUUGCUCUGAGAUGCACUUCUUCUACUGCUCGGGACCCGUCCUCCCGCCGGUCUUUGUUGCGCAGACAAAGACCCGCUCUGACGCUGAGGACUUCUGUGAGAACGCCGGUCUUCGUAUCAGCACGUUCCCCUCAAAGUCGAGCCCACAGUGGCCAGGAUCCCCCUUCUACAAACCCCAAGACUUGCCAGUCUGGAUCGGUCUUCACGGGGAUGGAGGGUCCUGGCGCUGGAGCGACGGCUCAGAGGCCGACUACAGGAAGUGGAGUCCAGACCUCAGCGCUCCUCCUGACGCCUCCUCUGGCUCUUGUGCCUCCACCUCGUCUCUGUCCAGAUUCAUGUCCGCUCAGAGCUGCUCAGAGUUCCUCCCGUUCCUCUGCUCCUCUCAUGACGUGGUGUUGGUGCUGGACCUCUUCAGAUGGGAGGAGGCGGUGGAGGUGUGUGACAGCCUCCCUCUCCCGGGCUCCUUCAGGCUCCUCCAGCAAGAAUAUCAUCUACAGCACAUGGACAAGAUCAAGAAUGUCCUGCAGUUCAGCACCACGACCAAGGUCUGGGUGGGGCAGCGGUACCUGGGUGGUUCCUGGUUCUGGUCACAUGGUGGCGCUGUCUCUCAGUCUGAGUGUCCUCAGUCUGAUCUUCACUGUGGAGCUCUCGUGAACAGCCAAUCAGGAGCCAUAGAACCCUGUGACUGCAGCCUGCGCCUCAAUGUGCUCUGCUCCAGAGAGCUGUAG